CAAUAAUUUCACUUCACGACUAUUUAACUGACGUCACCGGUAGUCAACGAGAUGCCCGCUUCACCAGCUCCACGUCAGUUCGCUGCUAGUCUCCACACAGUCCACACCUCAACGCUGUCUGCUGUUCCGCUCGUCGACCACCUGGCUUCUGUUCACCGGCUUUCUCUUAGGAGUCAGCCUGACGUGAGAUGUCGGAACGGGAAAAGGGCUCAGGAACGCCUCGGCGUCCCCCCUCACCUGCUUCGGGAGGGAAGCGACGUGAGAAGGACCUUCUAGAAGGCGAUGGCAAGCGGAGGAAGGCCUCCCGGGAUAGUUCCAGUACUCAACCACCUCCCGCCUGUCCGCAGUCAGCUGCGGGCCCGAGCCACAUCGGCGAUACAGCGGUGCCUCCUUCGAGUGAAGUAACUUUGGACAAGCUUUCUACCCUUUUGGGUGCUCUAAUUGAAAGAUUAGACCAGCCGGCAGUCCCUCCAGUGUCGGUGGAGACAAACUUCACCUUCCCCCAUUCUGAUGAUGAGGCAGCUGAAGCGCCUCGGUGUCUGCCCGAAGCUGAUCCCCUUGACCUCGAUCUGCUUACUGCCCCCGCUACACAGUCAACCGGUGAUUCGGUGGUUGAUGCGGAUUUCCAGAAAGCUCUCGAUGAGUUUGCUGGCCACUUCCGGGGUGAGGAAGAGACAGGUGACCCCUUAUCUGACCGCCUGGCUGGCAUUCUUAAUGCCAGUCUGAGACGUCGGCCCUCUUCUGACGGUGUGAAGCUUACAUGUGAUAAGAUCAAACUCCCGAGUAAUGUACCCAAUUUAAAGGUCCCAGCGACUAAUUCUGCCAUCACAAAGGCAAUGAGCGUCGGUGGAAAGCUAGUUGACACUCGGCUGUCACUUACUAAUAAACUGUUGACCAAGGCGUUGGUCCCCAUUGCCUGUUGCAUCAGUGAUAUUGGUGAUAAGAAAGACAAGCCUGUAAACUACUACCUUGAUGGUCUUAAUAACAGCCUGAGGCUACUGACUUCCGCUGUUAACUACAUCAAUCAGCUUCGGAAAGAGGUUGCUCGAACUCAUGUGAAUGAUUCUGCCUUGGCAGAGCUCUGCAAUUGGGAGUGUGAGGUCGGCAAGGAUGAUUUAUUCCCGUUCGAUGUGAUUAAGAAGUGUGAGGAAAUUCACAAAUCCAGGAAACUUGGGCGGCCCACCUUCCGCCCUUACAAAGCUCCUGGAAAACGAUUUGCUUCACCUCGCCAGUUACCCUCACGCCCUCACUCUCAGCAGCCGAGACCACGUCACCAAACAAGGUCUUUUUUAGGCCAGAGGCCUCCCCAGGGGAAGGGGAUGCCGAGACACAGAGCUCACCAGUGAAAGUACCUUUGGUAAGUCCCUUGUUAAUGGACUUGAUUAAUACUCCGGAUAAUUUUCAUGGGGGAAAAAUCUUUGAUGCCAGGUUACAGUGGAACCUUCUUUCCUCGGAUAAAUGGAUCUAUGAUGUGGUACAUGGAAAAUUUUUAGCUUUUGUGCGUGUCCCCAUACAGGGGAGCCCUCCGGCUCCUCUUAGCUUGUCACUUUCAGAUGAAAAAGCGCUGGACUCUGCCAUGCUAAAGUUCUUGGAGCAGAGGAUAGUUGAAUUAUGUGCACCAGGGGGACAUGGUUUUCUUUCUAACAUUUUUCCUACCAUUAAGAGAGACGGCACAGCUAGAGUCAUUCUGAAUUUGAAAGAACUUAACGAAUAUGUGGACCAUAUACAUUUUAAGAUGGAUACUCUCAAAGAUGUGCUACCUUUAAUCCACCAGAACUGUCAUUUCAUGUCUAUUGACUUCAAAGACGCUUAUUUUUCAGUCUAUGUGAGGCCAGAGGACAGGAAUUGGUUUAAAUUUACUUCGCGUAACUCUACGUUCCGCUUUACUUGCCUUCCACAGGGUUUGACUUCAGCACCCCGUAUUUUCACUAAAUUGUUAAAACCUGUCCUCUCGCAUCUUCAUAAGUUGGGAAUUUUCGUGUCAUGCUAUUUGGAUGAUUGCAUCUUUAUUGCUGACUCUGCUGACGUUUUAGGAUCUAAUGUGCUUUACGCUCUACACCUUUUUGACUCCUUAGGGCUCACAGUAAAUCCUCACAAAUCGGUCCUAGAGCCUACCCAAGAGAUUGAGUUUCUUGGUGUGGUAUUAAACUCUGUAGACAUGACUGCCACUCUGACACCCAGGAGGAGGAAGCACAUUAAGGCACAGGGUUCACUUCUACUGAACAAAGAUGUUAUAUCCUUACUUGAACUCUCCUCCUUUAUUGGUAUGGCUGUAGCCUCUGACCCUGCCGUGGAGUUGGCACCACUCAGGUAUAAGUACUUGGAAAUAAUUCGUAACAAGGAACUCGCACGGCAUCAUGGGAAUUAUAACUCACCUGUUAUCUUGGACAAUCAUGCUCAGGGGUUAAUCAAAUGGUGGAUUAAUAAUAUAGAUUCACAAACAAAGUCGUUACGAUCCAGUCCCCACCAACUAGAAUUGUUUUGUGACGCCUCCCUGACUGGCUGGGGCGCAGUGGUGGGGAAUGCCAGGACUGCUGGUCACUGGGCUCAUGAUGAACUGGAUCACAUCAACUGUUUAGAAUUAAAAGCUAUUCUCAUGGGUCUACAGUCUCUUUGCAAGGAUAAUUGGGGUACUCAUAUUCGCCUCCGUUCUGACAGUGUCACUGCACUUACCUGUUUAGAUCGUUGUGGCAGUACUAAACUUUACCUUCAUGUGAUAGUGGAACAAAUUUUUGAAUGGGCUCUGUCAAGGGGUAUUACUUUGUCAACACAGCAUAUACAGGGCCUACAUAAUACAGAGGCAGACAAACUAUCCCGAUUGAAAAACAUGGAUGCGGAAUGGAUGUUACUGCCUCAUAUUUUCCAAAGCAUUUCUCAACUCUAUUACACACCU